GUUGAUUGAGAUGCUCCCUUCUGUUCGGUGGAAGAGAGAAAAGAGAAAAGUCCUGGAUUGUUGCAAAUCCAAUACUGUAGUAAGGUUUCGUGGACACUGAACGAUCCCACUAUGGUUGCCAUGGCAAUGGAUGCUCUUUGUGAGGUUGAGAUGAUGUGUUGUUGGUGCUGUUGCAGCAACCAGCCAUGAUCCGAGUAUCGAAUGUUCGUCUUGGUACGAUACUGUUGCAUGUCCUGAUUGGUCUGUUCUUGUGGCGACAGAUUGGUCUGACGCCUUCCCAACAGAAGAAUCCUGAUCCACAAGAUGACAAAGUUCGGAACAACCACAAUAGAAAUGACAAACAGAAGAAGACGAGCAACAGACAGUUUGCCUACGCAUCUCUGAUUGGCGGUGUGGAUCCGGCAAAUCCGUCGUACCGUGGAUUCUUGUACAAUGUGUUGCUCCAAGCCACACUGUUGCGUGAGCAUUAUGGUUCGACCAAGGCAGAUUAUUGUCUCUUGAUCCAAAUGUCGUACAACACUCCCGCCACCACGUUACCCGCUGCCGACUUGGAGUGGUUGCACGCCAGUCACAUUGACCAUGUCGAGUACAUUCCCAAAUCGCCGCAUCAAGGCUUUUACGACAUUAAUAUGCAAAAGUUUCGCGUCUUGCAAUGGGUUCAGUAUCAACGGGUCCUCUUUCUCGAUGCCGAUGUCAUGCCGCUGGCCAAUCUCGAGUAUCUCUUUGACAUGAUGACACCCCAACACAACGUGUCACUACCGCCACUACUAAAGGAAAAUCUGAUUGUAGCGGGAACCCAAGAACCGGGGUCGGGAGGAUUCUUUGUCCUUUCACCGGGACCUCACAAGUGGCAGCAACUCCAAGACGUCAUUUCCCAACGGGAACGGGACGCUCAACACGCCACGACGCCCAACAAAUUUGACAUCGACCGCGGUUGGGGACACACCAUCCAACCACCCGAUCAAUGGGUCACUACGACCCGUCAUCGAAAGGGCACACAGUGGACAUUUCACGGCGCCGAUGCCGAUCAAGGAUUGCUCUAUCAUUGGACCAAAUAUCAUCAACAAAGUGUUUCCAUUGUCAUUCACAAAAAGGUACAGAAUUGGGGGAGUCAUGAUGCGACGGGGAAUUUGUACUUGGAGAUGGUUCUAGAACGGCCCUUUCGACGCUACAAUCACACGAUUGCCGCCAAGUGGGCGACCGGGCCACCCCCCUAUCGACACUAUCAUCAUUUCACGGGACGCACCAAACCCUGGGAACAACCGCAACCUCAGAAUACAAAUGACAAUGAAAAUCCAUUAUUAUUAUUAUUAUUGGAAUCACCGGAACACUAUUGGUUUCAUCAUUUGAAUCGUCUCAAUCAAAAACUCCAUCUCUUUGACGAUUGGGAAGCAGAACGGAAAUGGUUCCAGAAACCACCCCUGGGGAGAUUUCAAGUACCGGGGGAGAUUGCACAACGCGUCGAUCGGACGAAUAAUGCAAUCCAAUAAGUCAAAUCGACUACUAAAGAAAAGACUGUACUCUAGGCUAGCUAGCGAAAGGGACGAUCGACGGUACGUAGUGAUAACAUUGGAGGUUGGGAAAAACGGACCCCACCAAGAAUUCAGGGCUGUUUGCCAUGGUGGCCAACUCCAGCCUGGUUGUACCGGUCCCGGCUGCAUGCUCCUCCUGCAAAAAAUCGGACCCCGUGCGCCCGACCGGAAGGGAGAACGGACCCGCACAUGCCCAACAGCAUCCAAACAUAUAUCCAAAUUCGAUCUGGUCCUUUUGAGGCUCUUUUCACCUUCCACAGUGCUGAGGCAACUUUUGAAACUUUGUUGUUGGUAGUGUUGAGACCUUGCACUGAAAGAUGGCUGGACAAAUCAAAUAAGAACAGCUGAUUGAUGUUGAUUGUAGAGGAAGGCACCAUCAUGUUUGUUGUUUUUGCCAGUUUGGAAAAGGAGUGGAGUGUACGGAUUGAGGCCAUUGCCUCCGCUCAAGCCCUGAUUUGAUUGUGCUGAAUCUCCAAAACGGUAAGGAGAAAGUGUCUGUGAGAGGAGCCUCCUGUAUGUGUUGAUGAAGACGAGUACUGCCGGAAAAAUCAUGGUGGGUUCAAUCUGUUGAAAAGCCACUUGUGCCUGAGGACAUGGUGGUCGGCUGUUUGUUGUUGUUGUUGUUGUUUGGUUCUUUGAUUCCUGCAUGGUGUGGUGGUCAAGAGGCUCAUUCGGGUUCCAGUGGCUUCAGUGUACCGGCAAGGCAUGGCUCGCUCAUCAGGUGACCUUCUUGAGACUUUUGGAUCCCUUGCGCAAGCCGUGCAAACUAAUGGCACGGGUUACUGCACAUGAAUAGCA